ACCAGUGUCGUUAAAGACUCAUGCUUUUGCAUUCCAAGUGAAUCGGACUGGAUUUGGCUCAUUGGUGACAGCAGCCGUGUCAGAACUUUGCUUUUAGCUGCACACUAAUUCUUUUCUAUCUUUCCCAUCACCCUGAUUAAAGACCAAAGAAAGAGAAACUCAGCACAAAGAACUCAAAUGCAAAGCCAGAGGCAGCCUUCACCCAAGUCCUCUGUUCUGGAGAGACCAGCAACGGUUAAAGGUGCAAAGCUGCCAGGUGCUUCUGCAUGGAGAGAAGGUCAGAAGUUAGCUAGAAAGUUGCUUGGUCCACCCCCUGCAUUUCCAAAUCUGAGGAGCAGAGCUGAAGUGCAGACCACAGAAGAAACCUUUGAACCUGAUAGAGGAUUUGUAGCAGUGCCAGCGAUGCAAAACAGCUCCAGAGAAAAGGGAAAUGAAGCUGUGGGGAAAAGCCCAAGAUUUAAAAGCUGUGUGGUUCCCCACGGCGAGCCUAUUGAAAUGGGCAGCAAUGCACCCACCAAGGAUACAAAACAAAUACUGAGGAACCUACACUUGCAAAGCCAGUACCGUGGGGAACACAGGCAAACCAACCUCCCGAAAGAUACUGUGAAAGGGAAGGUAGAUGUUCUGCAGAGAUACCUUGGGAUCCGUUCUCCUUCACCUGGAUCUCGGGGCAUAACUCUCUCUGCCUUCAGUGGGCAGAAGAUGCAAUCUUCAUUAAUGAAGGCUGGAACCAAGCCCAGCACCCCAGGAAGAUGCAGCGGAGGAAAAAGCGCAGCUCAGACACAGAAAAGCUCAAGCAGCCCUGCACAGAAAAGGUCUGAGAAAGAAAAUCUUAAGCACCCUUCAAAAAAGAGGGUAAACAUUAAAAAACCUCACCCCUACAGCCCUGAAAUUGUUCAGGAGUUUAUGUAUCGAAAGAUUGAAGAAAGAAAGAAAAAAAGGCUAGAGGAGAAGAAGUCUUUGGUGCAGGCCAUGGAGAUGAGAAAUAAGAAAUUGCAAGAAGUUUACAGGAAACAGAAAGAAGCUGUGGGAAAGAAAACAUAUUCUGACCAGAUGCACAAGCUCAUCAGGGAAACAGCUUCUGCAAAAGAAAGUCCUCAGUGUAGACGCAAGCAGGAGCAAACCAGUGCUGGAAUCCCGGAGAGCAGUUCCAUGGCCUGGGUGGAUAAAACAUACUGUACUCUAUCAAGUAAAGAUCACAGAGGCAGGAGUCAACUUCUAGAAACAGUUCAGUCACCUAGAAAAAGAGAGGCAUUAGCUUCUGCAGCACCACUGGAAUCUGAAUGCUGGUUUCUCAGUCCUCUGAAACGCAGAGACUUGAGGAACUGCUCUCCCCCAGCUCUGCAUACGCCUCCUCUGAGCUUUUCCCUUCCUCAGAAAGAUGCAAAACCUUAUUCCAAGGACUCGACUCCCGGUCUUUCUCCAUACAGAAGUAAAGAGGACCGAGUGAAAGCCAUACACAGUCUGUCCAAAGAACUCACAGAAAAGAUUGAGAUGGCAACUAAGAGACUGAGUGCAGCAAGCUGGGUUAGAGACUCUGCUGACAAAACAUUGACAGAGACAACAUUGGACCUUUACAAGGGAUCUGGUUGUGUCUCAGAACCCGAGACAUACAAGGAUAAGCAAAACAGGACAAUGGCCAUACAAAUGCUUCUGGAUACCCCAGACCCUGAUAUGUUACGUGUGUCAUCAGAUAGGGAAUUUAAUGGACUGGGCAGGAUUAACCUUGUAGGUAGCACUGAGGGAGCAACAGCCCUGGACAGACAGAAGGGAAUACCUUUGCCUGGUGGGAGUGCUGUAAGCAAAGAAUUACCAUGGGUCACUCAUAAUGUAGGACGGAGGCAUCUCAACACUGGGGAAGACCCUGGAAAUGCAUUGCAAGGUUUCCCUGUGAAUAAGGGCUCUGAGGUGGAUGUAAACCUAUUGCAUGAAAAGCCAAUAACCAGCCCAGCCUCUCCACCUCACAGAUUCCUCACUGGAAGCCUGCAGAGAGAUCUCACAGCUCAGAGAAACCACCACCAGUGUGAGACCACUUUGAAAGUUCAGAACCGAGAGGAAAUUGCCAUUCGGUCUCCCAGAGAGAGCCUGCGGACACCGGGCAGCCUCAGGCUUCAGCCCUCUGCCACCUCCAGCCCUGGAGCCAAGAUCCACCACCGCUUUGACUUCGCUUAUGCAGGUGAGGGAGACCAGAGCUACACAGACCUGGAAGAGAAACACAGAAGCCAUCUGGACAAUUUGAGGCAAACCUCCCUACUGCUGGCUCACAAACUGAAGGUCCAUCAGCUCCAGCAGAAACAGCAGCUUUUAGUGCUGAGGGAGAAAGCAAAGAUAGAGGUUCAAGAAAGCCAGAGGGUUUUGAGCGACCUGCUUCAGCACAAUCUAGAGGAGUGCAGUAACUCCAAAGGCAGUGAUCCUUCUGCACCAAGAUUGGACCAUGCAGAGCAAGUGAGGAGAGGACACCAAUCCAAAGGAGACAAUGCAGCUGGCAAGUACAGAAGCAAUCAAGAGGCAUAUUCACUGAAACACUCUGUGUUGAAGAUGGAAAGAGAUCACAGCCCAGUGGAUACCAAAUCAGUGGGAGAAAGAGAACCUCUGGGAGGAUGGGUAUCCCAGCCAGCAGAGUACCAGGAGCCACUGCACGACCACCAAACAUUGAAUCUGUUGUCAGUGCCAGUGAACCUGCCCCACGAGGAGACCUGUGUAGGGGAGGACUCUGGAGAGAGCAGCGAACAGGCCAGCUCCAACAGCCAGUGGAGCGAAGUUGGCCGGCACUAUGGAGGCUCCAGCACCUUCUGCUGUUUCAGCUUGGCCAUGGCAGAGCAGUGUCUCAGGGGAGAAGAGCUGCGAGCUCGACACCAGGCUGCCCUGCUUGAGCUCCGCAAAAAAGCUCUCCAGGAGAAAGCCAGGGCUGAGCUGGCCUGGCUGGGCCACCAGAAAAGAUGUCUGGAAAGCCUGCAAGACAGUGAGGGAGCCUCUGCCACGGCCACAAAGCAGUGCAAAAUCCUAACGGAGCUCAAACAGGAGCAGGCAGAAAUUCAACACCUGCAAAACAUCUAUAGGGAAGCCCAUCAAGAAAGAAAGCUUUUAUUAAAGCAGCAAAGAGAAAUUUUAAGGAUGCAACAUUCAACAGCACGACUCCAGGAAAAGCUGCAUAAUAUGACUGGGAAUCAAGAGGUUAAGUCACUAGAUGUCUCGCUUACACGUAGCGCAACAACAGAAGAAGCAAUAAAGCUGAAUGCAAUGAGACUUACUUCUAGCCCAAAGUUAUACCACUCCUCCUCCUCAACAGAGCCUGCAGCUCAUCCAGAAAGGUCUGAUCUGUCAGGGAGCAGAGCGAGCUGUGUCCACCUAAAGAAUAAACAAAGAGAUAAAUAUGAGGGCUUUUCUGCUGAGCACAAAACACUGGCACAAUAUCAGAAAGAGGCAGAGGAGUCCCCAGGUUUGGAGCAGUCCCUUGAUGGCCAAGGUCCUGAUGAAUCUGGAACAGUGGCUAAGAAGGUGUGUGGUGCCACCAGCCAAACCACAGGCUUGGUCCUUACGAUGAAGGAUUGCAAAAAUACAGAGCUGAAUGCUCAGGGUCCUGUUUUAUCACCUCUGGAACAAGCAAACUCAGCUAGAAUGGAUGGACCUGUUUCCACAUCCAUUACAAGAGAAGGCAGAAAGUGUGCAUUUCCGGAAUCUGCGCUGGAGGAAAAGGCAUUUAUUUCAAAGCCAGAGAUAGAUCCUAAAGACAAUGAAGAUAUCAAUCCAUAUGACAGCAGGUUCACAGGGAAAGGCUUGCAGAUGCUUUCUACUUCGUGUAACUUAUGCCCGAACCAGGCAGAAAAUACUCUUCAAGGAACUGUUAAAGAAGUGGAAGUGCCUGUCCUUUAUGAGACUCAUCAGGUGGAUGGUAGUCGGUGUUUGAAGCAAUUGGACCAUAUUUCUCAUGAAGCUUCUGACAAAGAGCUAAAUUUAAAAGCAUUUUCUGAAGGAUUAGCUUCCACUGAAUCAUCACCCAAAUCAAACAACUUCUUUCUGAGAUGCAGAAGCACCAAAUCAGAUUCUUUUCUCCCAGAAUUUCAGAAAGUAUCUGCACUUUGGAUUGACAUCUCGGAAAGCUCCAUUUCAGACUCUGAAUUAGAGCUGAAAAAUGGAGAGGACACAGAUGUCAGUGUCCCAGAAGAGUUUGUCUGUGACAAUGGUGAUGUGUUUCUUGAUGUUUCAAAAGAGACAUUAAUAGCCAUAAGUACUGGGGAGGAAACAUUACCUAGUGACAAACCCGAUGAACAUGAAGUGCCCAAAGAUGACAGCAGUGAGACUUCAUCACACUCCCAGAAAUACCCCGGGGCCGCUUUGGACCAUGGCUGCACUGAUAACUUGCUUUCUUUCAUUCCAUCAGACAAAGCAAAUGCCUCCAAAAUGAAGUUAGCAGAUUCCUCCCAAUCUGAUCGCCCUGCCAAGGGAAUGGAUGAGCCACAUCUGGAUUCCUCAGAGAGCUACAGCAGAAACAAAACCAGUUUUCAGGACAUCACAAAGCAGGGUGCAGUUGCCAUCUCUUCAUGCAGUGAUGAUAUUUACUCACCUAAGAGCUACGAACAGCAGAACCCUAGUUCUACAACUAACAGAAUGGAAAAGGAUGGUAGAGUUAACAGGUUAUCUGUGGAUCAAAAUGGAGACGUAAUGGGGUUUCCACUGACAGGUUCUUUGAGACACCUAGAUUUGGCUACUGACCAGCUUAGGAACACUGUCUCUUUUCCACCUAGCAAAGAGAUUACAGAGAACAAGUUAUUAGUGUAUCUGUCUUCAGGAAACUUACCAAUUUCAGGAGGCAAAAAUAAUCAUGCACAGCUUUUGAAUGAGAGACUUGCAUCUAGUAUACCCAUGCCAGGAAUUUCUGAGGCCAUACAUACAGAACCCAAUUCGCUUGAAUCUUUGCGAAGGGUGGCCACAGGAAAUCAAAGUAACUUCACAACUGAAAGGCAAGCCGUGGAGGAAGCAAGGAGGGAAGAGUUUUCUUCUGUCUCCUCAAAAGCCCAAUUGUUUCAAGCUGAGAACCGCUCUUCUAAAGGUGAAGAUGAUACAAUUUUUAUUAGCGAUGAGGGUCUCCCUCCAACUGAUGAGGACGCUUUGAUAGAAAUACUGUCUCCUGUUGAUGAAGUGUUGUCCUACAGAAGUGCUGACUUGCCAUCCUCUAAUAAAAAGGAUUUGUCAUUUCCAAGUGAAGAUCUUCCUCCUCCCACCUUAUGCGCAGAUGCAAUGAAAAAUGAUGAUUCUACCUUCAGUACAGAUGAUUUCCCAUCUCCACCAGAACAAAUGACAGUCUCGGAGAACGGACAGUGUACGGAUGAAGAUCUAUCACUGAAAAUGGAUAUGUUACCCCCAUUACCUGAUAGUACUGUGCCUGAAAGUUUUCCUAUACUCAAUCGAGAGACAACUGAUACUUUUUCAACUCUAGAUAGUAGUUGCUCAGAACAAUCUUUAGUUAAAGGUAUUCCCAGUGUAAAGGAGGGCUUAUUAGAAUACCAAGGAGAACACAAGACACCUUCGCAGCAUUUGGAGUCUCUGCCUGUGUUAAAUCCUAUUUCUUCCAGUCGGGCCAGUAAAAGUCCUGACUUCACCAUGGAACAAUGCAAACCAAGCCUAACGCUGCCCAAAGCUGAGGGAGACAGUGAUGACCCAUUAUUGUCAUUUGAAAUUGGGGACAGAGUGUUAGUAAAGCAGACCCAGCCAGGAACCCUAAUGUUCAAAGGACAGACUUGCUUCGAUAGUGGCCAUUGGGCUGGUGUUGCACUUGACAAAGCUGAAGGCGAUCAUGCUGGAACAUACAAAGGGGUGAAGUAUUUUGAGUGUGCUCAGAACUGUGGUAUCUUUGUCAGACCUGAUGAGAUCUCACACCUGUUGGAGGCCAAUGAAAAUGGUUCCAAUUACACUGGGGAUGAAGACUCUGACUCCUUCUAUGAUGAGGAAUCCUUUAAAGGAGACUGCAAAUACUCUGAAGAUGAUAAGCAGGGACGAGGGCUUAGAGAGCAGAAAGCAGAAGACACUAAGAGCACAGGAGGAUCAGAAGUGAAAAAAAACCAGUCUAGGUUAGACAUCGCCUUGUUGUCUGGAAAAGGGCAAAAGCUUCCACAUUCUGACCAGCGUAAGUGUAAUGAAUUCCUCUGUCAAAAUAACUUAAUACGUUUGGAAUCAGAUAAAGAAAUAACAGAACUGACACAACUAAAACAAAGCAUACUUGCCAAUGUGCUUCCAGUGAAAAGUGAGAUUGGUAACACAGAUGAAAUGAACACAAGGAAAAAUAUUUGUUGUUUGAUAGAGGAUCGGAAAAGAAAUAACCUUGCUGAUGAUAUUGCAAAUGAGCUCAGUAAAGACCUUCUGUUUGAGACUUUAACAGCACUUUCUGCAGCAGCUCAACACAAGCAUAAAAAUGCCUUUGAAAAAGACAUGAUGAAUUAUGUCAAAGGCCUAAGACAAGACAAUGAUCAGAAAAUGUUUCUCCUCAAAGAAAAUUCAAUUGCUUUGUUAUUUGAACAAUCAGCAAAGAUUUCUGAUGUUUUACUGAGCAAUUCCAAUAUCUCUAGCGUCCACGGUUGUCACACGGCAGCAGAAAGAAUUGUAACUAAAUUUGUAGAUGAUACAGUUAAAGAAUACAUGAAGAUUAAAAGAAAACAUGGAUCAAAAGCAGACAAGAUAUUUAAUUCAUCUUCAGAGACCUCUACUACCACUUUGCCAUUCCUUAUAAAAAUCCUUGAUGCUGGUGUUUUUGGAAGCUCUGAAGACUUUGAGCAGCCUAUUUCUGACCAACACAUCCUGGCGAGACAAACUCCAAAGCAAUACUUGUACAAAUGGGAUCAGUGGCACUCAGCUCCUUGGAAGAAAACUGAGGAAGUCCCUCUUGUGAUACCACACUGCAGUUCAUACGUUAAGAAACUGUCUGCAUGUGCUGUGGAACAGCUAUGGACUCCAGCAAACAGAUAUUCCAGUUUCAAAAGAAUCAGCGUGCCAAAGCACCUUGAAUGUAACAAUCUCCCAGGGAAUGAUUUGGAAACAGAAAGCAAGAGGAUGUAUAACCAGGUUAUAUUUGAUUUGACCCGUGAGUUUCUAUGUGCAGAGUAUCAAGCAACUGCAAAUACAAAUACAUUUCCAGGGAUGAAAGAAAACCUGGGAUCUUACUGUUCCAGGCAUCUUUGCAGAAGAACAGAUGUCAGUGAAGUCAAGACAUUUGUUCAGGGUGAAAUUAUUAAAAUAAUGAACCUGGAAAAGAAUGACUUAGAAAUGAAAAGAAAAUUCCUUAAUAUGACCAAGUAUGGAAACUAUAAGAGAGACAGAGUGGACCUUAUUCUGAUUCAGGAACUCCGCAAAGAAGAAUCUCAGUGGACUUGCUAUGAUGAUGAUGAACUAACUGUGAAGAUGAGAAUGACUGAAGAUAUAUUUGAUGGUUUGAUCCAUGAUACAAUUGGAAUUCUUAAUAAGAUUUAUCAAAUAAAAGCCCAUGAUUAGAAGUUUUCCCUAAAAGGCCCUAAUGGAGGAAUUUUAAUAUAUUGAUUUUUACUUUUUUUUAGGUGAGAAAUGCACCAUUUAAGAACUUUAACUCUGAACUUGUACCAAAUAGCAGGGUAGCCUUGGCCUAAUUUAUAUGUUCAUGUUUACACUGAAAGGAUGCAGCAGAGACUUAAACAGAUAGAAAAAUUCGCACAAAAUAUUCUGUGUGUGUUUUAUGCUUCGGGAAUGCUCAUUAAGAUUAAUCUUCUUAGACUGAUGCUGCACAGAAUCUAAAGGGUGCAAAUUUUAUUCUUGUCUGGUUUUAGUCAAGAUAGCACUUUAUUUGCUUAUGCAUUUUAAGAGCACAAUAUGUUUUAAAAUUGUGUAUAAGUCUAUUCAAAUAUGCUUCAAAACUGAUUUAUGUGUAAAUUAUCCUAUUCUUUGUUACGAUGUUCAGAUUGAGAAUGAUGACUUGCGAAUCCUUCUUUGAACAUAGUGCUCAGAAAAUCGUAGGUGACUGUCUUAAAAUGUAAAUGUGCAGGUGGAAUUAAAUCUCCUAGAAACUGAAUUGCGCUGUGAACCUCCGUAGUUUGGAAUAAAUUGCUUUAAUUGGAACAAGUCUGAAACUUCUCCUGCUGGGUUGAGCAGUUAUAGAGGUAACUGUGCACCUUUUCUUUUAAUACAUCAUGGAACUGUUUAAAAGUAGCCCAGAGACGGCUUCAGAGAUGUGGCACAUGGAUGAUCUUGCCUUGGCAGCAUCUAGAGCCAGGCAUGCAGUUUUAAUCUCUACAAUGCUGAUGUAACACACUUUAAAUGGGAUACUCUUCUACCAGUAACUCCAACUUCUGAAAAUUAAAUAUUUGUGUGUGAUUAGGUUAGUUAUUAUGCAGUUCACAUGAGCCCUCUGAAUUCUUCCAUCUAAACACAGGGUGCUAAGGAUGUACUUUAACUGGCAAAAGAGAGGAAAUCAAUAAUGCUGUUGUUUAGUAUUUUAACAAGGAAAUAUAAACAUUUCCAAGCAUGCUAAUUGUUCACUAUGUAAACUUCUAUGGUCCCAUCUAUUUUGCAAUAAGAGAAGACCAAUGAUAAAUUUUUAUUUGUUUUUUUUAAAUAAACACUAUGCAAAUAUUUCUUACUGGAAUUCAGUAACCAUUCAUUAUUGAAUAACUGAAUGUAAGUAGAUAUGACUUAUUCAAAUAUCAUUCAUUUCAAAUAAAAUGAAAAGCAGGACAAUUAAAUUCAAACUAUAUAUAAACUUACAUUUAAAAUCACAAUAUUUACAGUCUGCUUUUGGUGGGAAAAAUAGAAAUACAUUUUAUGUCUCUGUUUUUAAAUACUGAUGGCUUUACUGUUUUCAUACUGAAUUGUUUGGUUUCUGAUUAAACAAAAUAAACCCUAUGUAUCAGUAAUAUUUUUAGUGCAAUUCUAAUUGAUUUCAGAUCACAUUGUAUACACUGCUGUUCACAUUAGUGAAUAGGAGUGGCUUUGUUAUUUUGCAGACAGCUCCUGGGGACAAUCAAAAGCCCUGUCCUGCUAGUUGCCAUAUGAACACAAAUAAAAAGGCAACUUCUGCCCCAAGCGCAUUAACUGUUGCUCUUAUCCUGUAUGCUAUUUUCAUGUCCCUAGUGGUACAUUUUCUUCAGUCUCCGACUUCUAUCCUCAUUGAUUAAUUAAUCCAGAUAAGUCAUUUGUUCUAAGAAUAAUCUUUUGUUGUUGUCAGUUUAUAGUAAAAUUUAACUUUAUUUUUUUUUCCUCUUGGAUUUAUAGACAAAGUGCUGGAUACGAUGACAAAUCCAUAUAUUGAAGCAGUACAG